AUGGCGACCAAUACAAGCAGUGGCUCAGGUUUGCUCCCGAGACAAGUUGCAAGACAAAUUAGGCAACAGAAGCAAACUCGCGGCCGUCCAACGACCCGAUCCGGUGUGUCAAACACUGAGAACAGUAACUACCGAACUGUCCCAUUCCGCAGCCCUAUCCGACCUGGCAUGGGAAGCAGCCGUUUUGCGACUAUCCCCAAUGAAGCGGAAGACACCUUCGAACCUGAUCCGAUGGAACUUGACCCCAUGGAAAUCGACACUCCCGAACAAGAGCCAGCACCAGCCACCACCGGCAGUCGCAACGAGCAAUCUGAGGAGAAUGGUGUUCACCGUCACAUCUUCUACAUCCCCAUUCGAUCUCGUCCUAUGCCAACUCUGGAUCUCGACGUGCUGACCGCUGCUCGGGCUGAAGUGGCUCGUAUUCAGAGAGAGGGAAUCCCCGUUAUGCAAACCCUGCCUGAGCGACCUGGUCCUCAUCUCUACAUCCGUAUUGAUACUGACCGGGCGAGUCGUGAUCAUGCUCUUGCUGAUGCCAAUCGUCGGAUGGGCAUCAUGCAGGACAUGAUUCGCGAUGGCUUUGGCUGGUUUACGGGUUUGCCUUACCGCCACCCGCAUUUCGAGGUCAAGUUCCUUCGUGGUCGACGCCUCUAG